CUCAGCCACGACAGCGGUUGCACAUGCGUGUCAUUCACCACAGGCUAAUUCAUGGCCCCUGAACAGGCCGCAAACGGCUAUGCGCCAAUAGGGACGGAAGAGGAAGGCCACCAGCACAGGCGGUCGCUCUCUGGUGACGUGCAUCUCGCCAGUGUGGCGGAAAAGCGACGACUGUGGCGGAGAAAUGCACUCAUCAACGCCGCGCUCAUUGCUUGCUGGUUCUUGUUUGCCACCGUCCUCUCCGUCUACAACAAAUGGAUGUUCUCACCAGACCGGUUCGGCUUUCCGUCACCACUCUUUGUUACGACACUGCAUAUGGCGGUGCAGUUUCUACUUGCUGCGCUCCUCAGGACUUUCUGGCCGUUGUUGUUCCGACCGGAACACAACCCUAGCAGGGCUGAUUACCUCCGUCGCGCUGUACCAACAGGUGUUGCGACUAGUCUCGACAUUGGACUCUCUAACUUAUCACUGAAGCUCAUUACGCUAUCAUUCUACACUAUGUGCAAGACAUCGUCGCUAAUUUUCGUCCUCUUAUUCGCCUUCCUGUUCCGGCUAGAGGUGUUCUCAUUGCGCCUUGUUGGCGUCAUGUCCCUCAUAUUUAUUGGCGUGAUCCUCAUGGUCGCAACCGAGACUCACUUUGAGCUUGCGGGGUUUCUCCUCGUCGAGGUCGGGAGUGCAAUGGCAGGGUUCCGGUGGAGUCUCACGCAGCUGCUCCUCCGCAGCAAAAACCUGGGCUUCGACAAUCCUGCCGCGACCCUGUUCUGGCUCACGCCGGUUAUGGGGGCAACGCUCGCUAUCGCUACGCUGAUCGUGGACGGGUGGCACAAGGUCUUCGUGAACAAGUUCUUCGACAGUGGUCCGGAGUUUUUGCGGACGCUCUUCUUCCUGAUAUCCCCUGGCGUCAUCGCGUUCUGUAUGGUCCUCAGUGAAUUCUACAUCCUGCAGCGGGCCGGGAUAGUACCCAUGUCUAUUGCUGGGAUAGCAAAAGAAGUUACUACUAUCAGUGCCUCAGCCUGGUUCUUUGGGGACGAACUCACGCCGCUCAAUGUCACGGGAGUAUCAGUUACGAUCUGUGGCAUCGGUCUGUACACGUACCACAAAUAUCGAAAGUCCAUGGACGCGAACGUUCCGCUCGAUGCCCACGGCAAUCCGAUCACUGAUGAUGACGAAGGUGGCGAUGCGGCCGACAGCUUGCCCCUCCAGGAAGGGUUCGCGGAGGAGCGGCAGCCAUUGGUUGCAGAGCCUGAACCUAAUCUCGAGGCCGGCAGUGAGGAACGCCGGGUUCCGCGGCAUCCAGGGGGCUCAGAGACCCUCUUUGACGUGGGAAGCGAUGAUGAGGAAGAACGCCUGGAUCGUGGUGCUGAACACAAGUCGUAGCUUGGAACCCGGCGUUUGACUGGAUGAUAUGGUGGGGUCACAGGAUGUAUAGAAGUGCGGUCAUGAGUUCCAUAUCGAACCACACGAUGAUACUGUAGUUCGAAUGCAUGGACAUCAGCGAUUGAGCUUGCCCGCCUGCGCAGAACCCCUUGAGCUUCAGACCCUGGUCUAAGCAGAGCGCGCGCAUGCUGCUCUGCCCUAUUCCG